AUGGCGUCAGGCCUGCGCCACAUAGCAACAGAACCUGGCAACUUGAAUCAUCGUUUAGACGUUCCAAGCGGUGCCGCUGGCUCAAGUGGUAAUACAAUGUCUGGUCUAACACCUGAUGGUUCUGUAGCUAAUGCCUCUAAUAGCUUGGGCAACAGUCAUCUACAUCUCAAAAGAAGUCCGUUACUUCGUAACAAAAAGAAGUCUGUAGCUGGCACUGCAUCAGAUUCUGAUGGAAGUGUAGAUAGCAAUAGCCUCUCUGCAGACUCAAAUGCUGAAGUUGCUCACAAACAUUCUCCUAAAGGUGUGCCUGUUGUUCAAGGGAAGAAACUUCGACAAAGGCGAGGGUCAGAAUGGGAGAUUCUUGAAGGACUGAAAGAUGGACAAAGGUUCGAUAAAAAACCACCUGUAUUUACUGGUUAUCUUCAUAAGAAACGGAAGUGGCCUUUAAAGGGUUGGCACAAGCGGUACUUCCUGGUGGAUAAAGGUAUUUUAAUUUAUGCCAAGAGUCCAGUAGACGUUGCCCGUGGCAAGCUGCAUGGGUCUGUAGACAUUGGUUUAUCCGUGAUAUCCACUAAAAGUAAGCGGAGGAGAUUGGAUAUUGAUGCUGAAGAAUUCAUCUAUCAUCUCAAGGCCAAAACUCAUGAAACAUUUGUGAAAUGGGUUGAUCAGCUCAAGGUACACCGUUUGUAUCGGCAACAUGUUUUAACCUUCGGUUCAGGGUCAAGGGAAGGCACUCUACCCUUCUCCCCUGGGCACAGAAGUCCAGCACAGCCUAAAUUGCCACUAACACCUCCAGAAAGAGAAACACGUGAUGGAUCAUUGCCCCGUGGGGUAAAAUUAUCAUCACCCCCUUCAAAUGUACUGCUACCAGGCACAGGAUCUACUGGACGAUUGUCUAACUGGAUAGUGGACACCCAAUCUACUCUGGAGUCAUUAAACCGUGAAUUGGCACAAGCUGGUCAGACUGUCACUCAACUGAACAGAAUUUUAGAGCAGAUUGAAUCCAUACCAACUCUAGAUGUUGAGCCACUUCCUAUUGAGGGAUCUUCGCCAAAUAUUAAGAAAGACCGUAAAAAAUUUGGACUUCGCAAAAAGAAAAGUUCGAAGGGUAGUUCUAUGGAUUUAUCUGCAGCUGGUUUUAGCCCAAGCAAAAAUAAUUUUGAACAAGAGUCUGCUUCUCCACUUUCAACAAGUUCAUUCACAGGCUUAUCAACUUCACCAGGAGGACAUGUAUCUCUAAAUCGCUUGAGUAGUAGCAACUCCUCUUUAACUAUUGGAUCACAGGGCAUGACUGCUUCCUUGAGCACUGGCGUUGCUGCUGCAAGGCCUCAGAGUUUGCAUGGGGCAGAACACCUUCUGCCUCUAGUUACUUCACCAGCAGACAGCCGUAUCUCCUCAUCUUGCACUCCAGACAAUCAAUUACGUGAAGAUUUUACCGCACUUGCCAAAGAUGUUCACAAUAUUUUGUCCAACGUCCUUUCAUCACUUUGUACAGAAAGAGAUAGAUUGAAAGUAGCUCUUGAAUUUGAUAACUCUACACUUGCGAAUGUUGGCCUGAAUAACAGCUCUGUUGGAGGGUUGGGAGCCUUGCCAGGCCUGCGUGCAUCGCUAAACCAAGCCCUUCAGCAAAACCAAGAUCUUCGCACUCGAUUGGCAAGGAUUCAUGAAGCUGCUGAUUUGAGUGAUGUUUCUGCUCCGCCAAAGCCCAUUCAUACAUCAUUGUCGUACAGUUCUUCAUGUAUCAGUGCAUCGGAAUUCUUUGAUGCGGAGGAACACCACGACAGCAGUGUAGCAAACACCCCAGCUGAUGAAAGAAGAGAAGAAAUUGGUGGGAAAAUGCAGAAUCCAGAGGCAGAGAACGAAUUGGAUGCAGAGCCUGGUGCUCUCAGCGACACUUCCUCUGAAGCAGGGAGUCUAACUAGUGAAGAAGGCAGUGUUUCCAGUGAAAACAGUGAAUUGGCUACUGAAGAAUUCAACGCAGUUGAGAAUGCUGAUGGUGGUCAGGCAUUGUGCUUGACGGGGCGUCGAACAAAACUACCUGCCCCUCGCCCUGAUUCAGAAGGACUGUCGCUAUGGAAUUUGCUUUGUAAAAAUAUUGGCAAGGAUCUAUCCCAAAUUUCUAUGCCAGUAGCACUCAAUGAGCCCUUAAACAUGUUGCAGAGGUUGUGUGAGGAGUUAGAGUACAGUGAGCUGCUUGAUAAAGCAGCUGAGUUAAAUGACCCACUUGAGCGAAUGGUGUGUAUAGCUGCCUUCACUGUUUCAAGUUAUGGAUCUUCAUACUUUCGAGCAGGAUCAAAACCAUUUAAUCCCUUGCUUGGUGAAACUUAUGAAUGUGUCCGUGAAGACAAAGGAUUUCGUUUUAUAGCUGAGCAGGUUAGUCACCAUCCACCUGUCAGUGUCUGCUAUGCAGAAUCACGCAAUUUUCUAUUUUGGCAAGAUACAAGAAUUAAAACGAAGUUUUGGGGAAAAUCAAUGGAAUUUCAGCCCACUGGUGUUGUAAAUCUUCAGUUACCAAGAACAGGUGAUGUUUACCAAUGGAACAAAGUGACAACUUGUGUUCAUAACUUGUUUGGAGGGCAGCGAUGGGUAGAUCAGUAUGGGGAGCUUCGUAUCACAAGCAACUCUGGUAUCAGUUGCAAACUUACAUUUGUAAAGGCUAGUUAUUGGUCUGCUAAACGUCAUGAAGUUUAUGGACAUGUUUAUGAUGAAAAUGGCAAAGAAGUCAGGAAACUAUUUGGCAAGUGGAGUGAGGCUUUGUACUGUGGUGUUGCUCCUGCUGCGAAGUGUAUAUGGAGAAGAGGUACUAUGCCAGAGGAUUUUGAAAGAUACUAUGGCUUCACACGAUUUGCCAUUGAGCUCAAUGAGCUAGAUUCAGAAAUGGCAAAGUAUCUUCCUUGCACUGAUACUCGCUUCCGCAAAGAUCAAAGAAUGCUAGAGGAGGGAAACUUGGAUGCUGCUGAAGAAAUAAAAAUGAACCUGGAACAAGCACAACGGGAAAGGCGUAAGACAAUGGAGUUGGAAGGGGUACAGCAUGAACCACUAUGGUUCAAGCGGAGGGCCUUGAGCAAUGGUGAAGAAAUAUGGGAAUAUAAUCACAAGUACUGGGAAUGCCGCAAAUCUCCAGGAUUCGUGAACAUGCCCAUUCGGCCCUUGUGGUAAUUUAGUCAUAGGUCAAUUAUUUCCUUUAAGGACGAUAAGAAACUGUCAAAUACAUUAUAUUCCAACAAGUUUCAUUUUAACUUAAAUACUGUAUUGCUUCUUUCUCUUAUAUGCUGGAAGCAUUUCAUACCUGCUUGCAAAUUUUCCUGUUACCUAGUUUCACAUGUUUAAAACAUAAUUUUGAUGUGAGCAAGCUGUAACAUUUAAAAGCAAAUGUAUUCCAGCCUCCUCCAAACUAAAUGUCAGCAGUUUAUUUUUUGCUCUUUUAAGUACUGGUUCCUCAUAGUUUCAAAACCCCUUCAACUUUACUUUCUAUGGCAGAAGAGAGUACUGAAUAGAGAAUAAUGCCUUUGCCCAAAAUAGGUGAGUGGUGCUGUCCUGACAAUCAUGUAGUAUCUCUUGCCAAGGGGUUAAAGGAGCACACUUGUUUUGUACAAAUAUCAAAUUGGGGGCAGCGUAUGGCUCCAUGUCACUUUCAUUCGUGUUCACUUUGUAUUGCAGUAUUAUACGUUGUAUGUUGCACUGCUUUUGUGUUCGUUGAUUUUGCAAUCGUACUUCCUCUUCUGCUUCUGACCCUGUAAGUUUCAUUAUUUUUUAUGCUAAAGUUACUUUUGUGGCUGCAAAGGAAUGCAUAAUGUUAUUUUAAUUAUCAAAUUUAAACCUAUUUUCUGUGGAAAUUUAUGCUCCAUGUCCUUUCUUGUCCUGUUUUUGUUUUUGUUUUUUGUUUUGAAGCACUUGUUAAAAUAUUGUUCUGGGGUUUUCCCCAUUUUAAAUGCGAGGUCUACUUGUAUGAUGUGGAUUGUUUAUGAACUAGAAUUCCUUAGUAAAGGUAUGUUCGAUGCUGCUGUUAGUGAAUGUUUCUUAUGCUGUGCUUAGAAUUUGUGCAUACCUCUUUACAAGAAAUUUUCUUGAAAGUUAACUAUAUAAAACUUUAGAACUGUGAUAAGUGGGAGCUGAAAAGUCUUGUGGUUAGUUAAAUUGCUAGAUUGAAGACAAUGAGUCCUGUUGAUCGAGGAGUUCUGUCAGUCCUUAAGUCUCCCAAACACUGAACUGUAAUUUUUUAUUGAUCUGUUUCAUUAUGAAAUUUGUAUUUAGAGUGGCUGCAGGCUGCAUUUUGUCCCUAUUUCAGUCUAGUAGCAGCUGCUAUGAGUUUGUGCUACUACGUUAAAACAAUACUUUGUGGAAGCACAUUUUGCUGCGUGUGUAACUUUUGUGUUUAUUUUUAUUUUGGAAUAUACGUAUUGUAUUUAUAUACCCUUGAAUUGUACAAAGUUGGUAGGGUCAUGUGGCGAAUUUUGAUAAAGUUGUUACAAGUAAAUUUAAUGUCAAGGUCUAUUUAUUUUUUUGAUUUGUUUCAACUGAAAAUGAUUUUAAAGUCUCAGGGUAGCAUGUGUUGUCAGUUAAGAAGUAACCUGCUCAAACUAAAGUCAUUGUUUAUUUGCACCUAUGUAGAGAACAGUCCUGGAGUGUUGUGGUGCUGUUAAUAUUUAUGUUAAAAAUUUCAACUCUAUAUUGUGCCUAAUAUUGGUCUUCCUCAUGGUGUGCUAGUACUGUCAGUGAGGUACUAUCAUUCUUUACUGAAGCAUGUAUUCCAUUAAUUUUGUUGCACUUAUUAGUUGUUCCAUGCAGUAUUUUUAUGAUGAAAGAUAGCUUAAUCAAAUUUCAGCAAGCAGGCUCUUGCAAUGUAUUUCAACAUUUGUAUAUAGCACAAUAUGUUGCAAUCAGAAAAUGUGGAUUUUAAAGAAUGUGAUGAGUAAACAUAAGUUGACAUAAGCCUUGACAUUUUGGAAGCCUCUAUACUUCUGGAACAUUUGCUCAUGAUCAGAUUAUGACCUUUCCAAGUUUCAUCUGUGUUUUUGUUGUUGUUUUUUUUGGAGGGAUCUGUUGUAGUCUAUAGUUAUUCUUAAGUUUUACUACUGUGUUUCUCUGAGUUGAAGCUGCUCUCGUUUGUCUGGUUUUGACUGCUCCAAACGUGAGUAUAGGUAGUACACACAUUCAACAAUGUCAAACAAAAUUAAGGUGCAGCUUAUAUUCAGAGAUAAACGGUAUCAACUACUUUAAAGACAAAUACCACAUGCUGACUUUGUGCUUUGGUCGCAUAAUUUGCCAUUAUUCUAAUGUGUCAUUAAUAUUUUUUUCAUCAUAAGUGAUUAAUAGGAGCUAUGGAUUUGUGCUCUUAUUCUCAUUAAUUGCAAAUGUUGUUAAGGAAACAUGAAUUACCAGCAAAGCAACGAAUUUACUUGUUUUAUUUCUAAGAAAGUGUGCCUGUUUUAUGUUUUCUGAUCUGUUUGUGUUUGUCUCAUGCUUUUUGUUGUUUACAUGGCAUGUGUACAGAAUUGCCUGUUGUAACUUGCUUCUGUAGUCCGGUUUGAAGACGUUUCUAAAUUAACUAAGAUAAAGAAACUAAAAUUUCAUGGCUAUUCAUGAAUUUCCAUUAUGUUUUGCUGAAUUCUAUGCUGCCUGUGUCCAAUCAAUUGAUUUCAAGGUUACCGUAUUGCUACUUUAUUUUGUUGUUUUGAGAAAUUUAAAUAGAAAAGUAUCUUCUUGUUGAUGACGUUUUUUGGUGAUUGAACUUCGGUAUUUAUUCUCAUUAUAAUAAUGUGUUGGUCAUAAAAUGACCUGCAAUGUAAAUUCAGAGUGUCACGGUAUGCUUUUAGGCACAUUCCAGGAUUGUCUUAAUGAUUUCCGCUCCUUAGCUUUUCAUCAAAGGUGAUAGCACGCACUACCCCUCCCCCAUUGUUUAUAAAGUAUUACAUAGAGCACUGGCAGUCUCUGCAUUCUCAGUGACAAAGCCUAUUUAUUGGUAUUGUAUUACCAUUGCCAUUUAUGUUUUGCAUUUUGCUGCUUUUUUACGUCAGAUGUUUGGAAUUUUUCAUUUAUAAAAAAACAUUUUUCAAAUCCUAAAGGCUGAGUUAGGUUUUCACUGUCAACUUCUGUAGUGCGUUGUACAAGUACAGUGAAGUGGCUAAGGUCUGCUUCUGGGAGGCAAUAGAUUCAUACAACCUGUACCUUCAAUGUACCCAUUUCAUGCAUCCCGCACACCCACCUUCUUUUUAAAAAAAAUAUUUGAAGAUUUUCAUGACUUUCUGACGUUUCUCAAAGCACUAUGCGCCCAAACAUAAGCAUGUGUGUACAAAGGUUUGCUGCAUAGCAGGGUUUUUGAGAUGUCAGAAGGUCACAAAGAACGGGUUAUUUGCUGUUAUGCGUAGCAUGACAAUGUCAUUAAGUUGCAGAAAGGCUAAGAGGGAAACCAUCUGGAAGGAAGGUUUGAUGGUGUCUUUACGUGUAUUGAAGUUUUAUUUGUGAUUUUUCUUCGACCCUACAUCGUGUAGUUCUUUUCUUUUCCUAUUUUGUCUUCCAGAAAUAUGCUUUGCAGUUUCAGAGUGAUACUCUAAGGAUGAUUGUGAUGAAUGUUUUCCUAUAUUAAAACAUUAUUGAUGAUAAGACACAGCUUCAAUUUUGAGGGAAAAUACUUUCCCAAUUCAAGUUGUAUUGCAUUCAAAUCAAGUGUUUGCUGAGAAUAUGCUGCUAUGGAAGCAGUGUCUGAGUCAUUUUUAAUUACUAGCUCUUAUAAUUUGUUCAUUCUCAUUGCUUGCUCAACUGCAACCCUUUUUUUUUCCCUCUUUGAUUUUAGUCAUAUUCAUGUGCAAUACAUUAGAAACUUCCAUGUGUUUAUAUUAGGGGAGAAACAAGCUUGUAUCUUAGUGUCUUUAAAUGGAAGUGGUCUAAAAUUUUCUCUUGUGUUGUAAGCUAUAGAAAAAUGUUUCCAUGACAUUUAUUAGUAUUGUUCCAUUCUUAUUUUUUUGUUGGUUCUUUGUUGUGUUGUUGUUUAAGAUGUCAUUUUUUAUGUCCCUCAGGCUAUUAGAACACGUUCAUUCUACAAAGGAACUAAGACAAGUAAUUCAUGUUUUCUCCAUUUUACUACCAAAAAGUCUUUCUACUUAAAGGACUUCUCUGUGGGCUGUUUUGACAAUGCAAGUCUUACCAAUGUUCAUCAAUUAUUACUUCUGUCUCAUUUAGGCAACAGAAGUGUAGUACCCUUCUUCAACAGAAGUGUAGUACCCUUCUUCUUUUUCAAAUCUUGUUCAUUAAAAUGGGUUGGCAUUACUCAAUGUCCUUUGUUCAUUCUCCCCUGGCCUCAGGCAUGUUAGUACAUUGGUGAUGGGGAGUGGUCAAUCUUGCAGCUUUCUUUUUUUUGUAAGAACAACAAUAGUCCCUCUCCUUUUUGGUUUAAAAAGCUUUUAUUUAUAUGUUACAAUUUAUGAUAUUGUGAUGCAUGGGUCAUGUUCUUUGUAUUUUGCCAAUGUCCUUCAUGGGAAAAAUACAUUAUGAUAAUUUAAGAUUAAUGUUUAAUAUUUUUAAAAAAAUGUUGGACGCGUGGAUACUGGAACAUUCUAUCAUAUCUCAGGUUCGCGUGCGUGCAGGCAAAAUGUUUCCAAAACCAUGAAAGGAUAUCACCCAUAAAUAAUACAAUAUCUUGCUUUGUGUUGAGUUCAAUAUUCAUCACGUGUCAACAUUGUGAUGUAAUUGUGAUUGUAAGUUAACUUAUCUUUUAAAAGUGAAAAUGACUUGGGUAAUAUGUAUCCACUGUGUUAAGAUUGUCAAUUCUUUGAUAAAUUGUAGACUAUAUUGUUCACUUAUUUUAAAUAACUUCACCCGAUAUAACAUUAAAAUUUAUUGUAUGCAUUACAAAAACAACAAUAACUAUCUGCAUAAUGGAGAUAAAGAGAUUUCUUAAAAGUUGAACCUGAUACACUCACAAAAUAAAAUAAUUCAAAAACAUUUCAGAACAUCACAAGCUUCAUGAUAAAAAAUCUUUCACUAAUUUAAUUGGUUACCAGAAAUGUUUAUUGUUGUGAGAGAUGUUUGGUCAAGGGCAACUUGGAUACAGGUUCGUUUAAUUGUACUUUGCCAAGUUUUGUGAGUAGGAGCUGUGUAGCAGACAGGUGAGCAAGAGGACAUCAAUUUGAGUCUGAUUUUUGACUGUUCUGUUUGCUUGUUGUACUCCUGAAAUAAAUAACUCCUCACAACAUA